AUGUGGCUCUCGUGGCUUCUAUGUGUGUGUGCUCUUUUGCCUCAUUGCCGGUUUGGUUCUUAUGGUUUUCAAUGUUGCUGUCUUUCCUCUUUUCUUUUCUCUGUAUGUCUCUUUAUCUCUCUGUCUAUCUCUCUGCCUAUAUCUUUCCCCCUCCUCCUCUCUCUUUAUCUCUCUGUCUAUCUCUCUACCUAUAUCUUUCCCCCUCUUCCUCUCUCUUUAUCUCUCUGUCUAUCUCUCUACCUAUAUCUUUCCCCCCUCCUCCUCUCUCUUUAUCUCUCUGUCUAUCUCUCUACCUAUAUCUUUCCCCCCUCCUCCUCUCUCUUUAUCUCUCUGUCUAUCUCUCUACCUAUAUCUUUCCCCCCUCCUCCUCUCUCUUUAUCUCUCUGUCUAUCUCUCUACCUAUAUAUUUCCCCCCUCCUCCUCUCUCUUUAUCUAUGUCUAUCUCUCUACCUAUAUCUUUCCCCCCUCCUCCUCUCUCUUUAUCUCUCUGUCUGUCUUUUUAUCUCUCUCUCUCUCUCUCUCCUCUCUAUCUAAUAUCUCUUUCUCUCUGGUUGGUGUGGUUGUGGUCGUGGUUCCUUUGUGGUUGGCUGUGGUUGGUUAAUUUUGUGGUGCUUUUUGAUUUGCCUUGUCGCCAUAUUUGCUGUAGGGCAGUAGCUCGGUGAGUGGCAGCCCAGUCCCCUCCACAUCCGGUACCUCCACCCCCCGCCGCGGGCGCCGCCAGCUCCCCCAGACCCCCGCCGUGCCACGCCCCCACGUCACCUACUCCCCAGCCAUGCGACACCCCAAGCCCACCUAUGGAGCGGGUCCUCCUGGACGGCUCCGCUCCCCCUCUCCCCGACACUUCUCCCCCCCAGAGCACGACGGAGGGGGGUAUCACCGUCCGCCAUCGCGUCACGUUUCCCCACUUGAGCACGGAGGGUCGAGGCACGGGUCUCCGAGAUCGGCCCGGCAACAGUCGGGGUCUCGUUCACCUCCGCCCCACCAUGGGUCACCCCGGUCCCCCCGCCACGGGCGCUGGAGCGGUCCCCCUCCCGGGGAUAGUUUGGAGAGCGAGGGCGGCCCGUUCUACGAGCGCGACUGCGAGUACGAGCGCCAGCACGAGCCGCCCGCCUACGAGCAGAGCCUCAGCAACCCACAUCCCCAUGGCAACCCCCACCCGCACGGCAACCCCCACCCGCACGGCAACCCGCACCCACGCUCCCCCAGGACUGCCCGGCACGGGGGCGGCGUGGGCCCACCACCUCCUCUUGCUCCCCCUCACCCCCGACGAGUCCCAAACGGUUACCGCUCGUCUUCGCCCUCCCCGCACCGGCGAGGGCCCCAACAUCAACACCCCCAUCCAGGGGGACCAGCCCACCGGUCCCCCCCUCAUCACCGGGUCCCCCAUGGAGGCCCCAGAGGCCCCCGGAAGGGUCUGCACGAACCCUACAGCGAGACGGACGAGGACGACUGGUGCUAG